AUGACAUCAAAUGUGAGGUCGUCGUUAGUCUAUGAGCUUUUUAUUCAUGCCCACCGUAUAUAUUCUGUGAUGUUCUUCAUUGCAAUGAUUUUUAUAUAUUUCUACAAAGGUUCAGUUUUACCCUACCAAUAUCACGUACGUGUUCUAGAACUCCUGAUAAUACUUGCAUUUGCACCGAUUGAAGCUAUACGACUAUCGUGGGGAAGCCGAGGAAACUUGACGGAAACGCCGGUCUUUCUGGGAUUCUCGAUACUUCUUAGCGUUCCUUUGUUAUUGAUUCUCCUCUACUUGGCCGUUUUUCAGAACUAUGUACACAAGAGGGAGAGACUCGGCAAGCAUAGCCAGAAUUUUCUUGGGAAAGGCAGCGAUUGUAUUUCCUACACAACUUUGUUCCCUGUAUUUGGUAUGAAUGCUGCCAAAAAACUAUGCGUUCUUCUUAUCGAGGCCAUUAUUGUUGGAGUAAGCAGUAUCCUGGUGAUCAUCGAGACUAUAGUCGGCCUUGCGUUGUGUGCCACACUUUCAACUGGGGCAGUUAUAGUGCUGCAGGUAAGAGGCUCCGCUACGGGGACGGCGCAAUCGACGGUUCGAAAGUGCCCUUGUGCUUUUCAUCCCUCCGAUACGAUAGACAGUCCUCGGAAGUCACUAUCUACGCUAGGACGAGAUCUUGAGCCUCAAAACUAUGGUGAACUAAACGAGUUGACGCAUCCCAAGCGGGUUGAAUAA